AUGUUAGCCGCUGGAGUUGUCUUUUCUCUGCUCGCUGUCGCUCAGCUUGCAGCAACUCAACUUCCACCACCGCAAGAAGCGCCCCGUCGAGCCCUUAGCGAUCUCAUUACCGCCAACCAUAUCCUUCACCAUAGAUCGAUUAUCGACUCGUUUGGCCAUGUCUCUAUUCGUCAUCCCAAUGACAGCAGCGUGUAUAUCAUGGCAGCAUCGGCCGGCAACACCGUUUCUCGUGCCGCCGACCUGUAUUAUUACCGCGUCAACGAUUCUCAACCACUGCCGUUCCCAAAUGGUACCAUGCCUGGGAGUGUCAGUGCGAGAAGCGAACGUUUCAUCCACGGCGAGAUCAUGCGUAGAUACUCUGAGACUAAUGCUGUAGUGCACAGCCACGCUCUACCAAUGCUUACCUAUGCUACUGGCCUCAUCUCACUCGUGCCAGUCUACCACAUGGCAGCCUUCAUGGGUCUCAACGUCCCACUAUGGGACAUCACACCUCUCUACAAUAGCACCGAACGACAGGAUAUGCUUGUCAACAAUGCUCGAUUCGGUUCCGCUUUAGCCGCAGCAUUCUCGAAUUCCACCUCAACAUCAGACAAUCCUUCUACCUUACCGACCUACCCACUCGUGCUUCAACGUUAUCACGGCUUCUCGACUGCCGCAACAAGCUUGAGUAACGUCGUCUAUCAAUCAAUAUAUGCGACGGAUAACGCUGUGGUGCAAACAGCUCAGCUGGAAGCGAGAAGAGCAGUAGGUGGAGAAGCGCUCGGCAGCAUAGAAGCGCUGAGUUUGAACGAGGUGCAGGUUAGUACUGGGCUGGGAGCGGACGAUUAUGCGUUUCGUGCAUGGGAGGGAUUCGCGUGGGAGGUUCAGCAUCUGUCGGACUAUGUUAAUGAGCUGCGAUAG